CUGCUGAGCUGAGCUUUAUUGGCUAUUGAGGACACCAUGUUUGCCUUUGUUCACAAAUUAUAGCCUACCGGGACGGUGAGACAAGCUACUGUGUUUGGUGUUUGUGCGUCAUUUCAGUGGCACACAAUAGACUAUGUAAGCUGUUGCUUCAUGUGAGGAAUCCAGACUAGAUUGUGCCUGUUUUUGGGCUGUUUUUGAGAGCUUUUUGAUAACAACUGGGUGGGAACAAAAGGAACACUUGAGAUAAACAAGCUGAAUAGAUUUUGUGUGAAGCUAAUCUCUACCCAACAAAACGGUUUCCUGAAAAAGAAAAGUUGGCUGUGGAAGAGCUUUUGUUAUGCGCAGAUAUGUUGCUUAGUCUUUCAUCCACAGAUAAGACAGCAGCCAUUGUCUGACGUUCCUUUCAUCUGGCUUUAAAACAUCUAAGCCCUGCCUCAUACGCGACAUCUUGAAGCUAGGUCAUUUGGUUGUCUUAGAGGAGCCACUUCAAAGUGCUCGUUAAAAUGAUAUUUGCUAUUGAUUUGAUGGGCUAGAGAAAGCCAUUUCAUCAUGUUUUGAAAUGUAACCCUACAACCUGAUUUUUUUUUUUUUUAACUUACUUUAAUGUUAGGAAGCAAGAAUGCUGAUGUCACAAGCUUUUUUGUGGAGAUUAAUAAGAUUAAUUCCUAAGAAGCAGCUCACAAAUCACUGUAGCUAGAACAUCUCUGAUUAUGCAUUUGUAGCACAACAUUUAAGAAUGGUUGAAAGUAAUGUCCUGUAAAGCAUACACGGCUUGUAGUUAAUGGGCUGAAACAUACAGAUCCACAAGUUUGAAUCUUUUCAGUCACGGCACAAACUUUAAAAACUGUUUUUAAAUCUAAAGCAGCUUUAGUAAACAGGGAAAUGAUGAACACUGAGGGUUCGACUUUGCUUCAUUUCAUGUAAAAGGAACCCACUUUACUUUCUGUGGCAUGUUAAAAGGAUGUGAGAUCUACCAUAAUAAACAAACCCCAGUUCGAACCAUUGUUCUCUGGAGGUGGAAGGAAGUAGAUAAACAGCAUUCCCUGCUGAAAGCUUCGAAAGACGUUCAGUCGCGAGUGCAGUCCGGUCAUUUGGCUGUAGGUUACAGCAAGAGAAGAUUAGUUUUUUCCCUUUUUUUUCAACUUUGUUUCCACUGUUGUAUUUCUUUAUUCUACACACUGAUGGAGGUCUCCUGCCUGGAGCUGGCGUUGGAGGGUGAGCGGCUCUGUAAGGUGGGCGACUACAGAGCGGGCGUCUCCUUCUUUGAAGCUGCCAUCCAAGUGGGCACAGAGGACCUACAAGUGCUCAGUGCUAUCUACAGCCAGCUUGGCAAUGCUUACUUCCACCUGCACGACUACGCCAAGGCCCUGGAGUUCCAUCGACAUGAUCUCACCUUGACCAGGACAAUUGGUGACCUGCUUGGAGAAGCCAAAGCAAGUGGAAACCUUGGUAACACGUUAAAGGUUCUGGGGCGAUUUGAUGAGGCUGUGGUUUGCUGUCAGAGACACUUGGACAUCGCCAGGGACAUUAAUGACAAGGUGGGGCAGGCGCGAGCUCUCUAUAACUUUGGGAAUGUAUACCAUGCCAAAGGGAAAAGUAUCUGCUGGAGCGGAGCUGAGCCUGGAGAUUUUCCAGAAGAGGUGAUGACAGCACUGAGGAAGGCAGCAGAGUAUUAUGAGGCAAACUUGGUGAUAGUGAAGGAGCUUGGAGAUCGAGCCGCUCAGGGUCGAACUUACGGCAACCUCGGCAACACACAUUACUUGCUGGGCAACUUUCGCAAAGCCGUAGCGUCUCAUGAACAGCGUUUGCUUAUUGCUAAGGAGUUUGGUGACCGCUCAGCAGAAAGACGGGCUUACUGCAACCUGGGGAACGCUUACAUCUUUUUGGGGGAAUUUGAAAUAGCAGCUGAGCAUUACAAGAGGACACUGCAGCUGGCGAGGCAGUUGAAAGACCGAGCCGUGGAGGCCCAGGCCUGCUACAGUUUGGGCAACACCUACACACUUCUCCAGGACUAUGAGAGAGCCAUCGACUAUCACCUCAAACACCUCAUCAUAGCUCAGGACCUCAAUGACAGGAUUGGGGAGGGCCGUGCAUGCUGGAGUCUUGGAAAUGCUCACACUGCACUCGGAAACCAUGACCAAGCCAUGCACUUUGCUGAGAAACACUUGGAAAUCUGCAGAGAGACUGGAGACAGGAGCGGAGAGCUGACGGCUCGUAUGAACGUGUCAGAUCUCCAGAUGGUUCUGGGUCUGAGCUACAGCACCAAUAACUCCACUCUGUCUGAAAACAAGGACAUAGACUACAACGUACACGGAGCAAGGCCCAGGAUGAGCAGACGACACAGCAUGGAGAACCUGGAGCUGAUGAAGCUCACUCCAGACAAGAUGAAUGGUCAAAAGUGGAACAGUGACAUCCUGACCAAACAGUCCAAACCCUCCCUGGCUAAAAGCUCCUCCAAGCUGUUCUUUGUCAGCCGCCUGCGUGGGAAGAAGUACAAGGCUGGUGGCAGCAGUAAGGUCCUCCAGGACACGAGCAACACCCUGGACACCAGCCAGAGUUCUGCACAGGGACCGCAGAAACGACUCAGUCCUGACAUGCUCGGAGACGAGGGCUUCUUUGACCUGCUGAGCCGUUUCCAGAGCAACCGUAUGGACGACCAGCGUUGCUCGAUACAGGAUAGAGGCAGCAGGUUAUCACUGAACAGCGGUCCAGAGUCGCCUCCCCGAGCCAUCAGGAAAUCUGUGUCAGAGUCUGUCAACGUCUCGAGUGCCCACGGCAGGAGGUUAGAGGAGUCGUCAGCAGCGGGGGGAAGCCUGCCCGGCCUCAGGCUCAAUCAAAACAGCAGCCAGGCCGUACUCAGCCACCUGAUGGCCAACGCUGACAACGCUGAGCCUGAUGAUGACUUCUUCGAUAUGCUUGUCAAGUGCCAGGGAUCCCGUUUGGAUGACCAGCGCUGUGCUCCUCCCCCUCCUCCGGUCCGAGGGCCCACUGUACCCGAUGAGGACUUCUUCAGCCUCAUCAUGCGCUCUCAGGCCAAACGGAUGGACGAGCAACGUGUCACUUUGCCUUCUGCUGCAAACACUGCAGCCAGGCCCAGCUCCAGCUCCAACUGAGCUAAACACUAAACGGACAGACAGGGUUGUGCGUCCAGAGCGUGACGGUGCGGUCAGCCGAGGACGAGAGGAAGGACAGGUCUUGUGUGUGCCAUCGACACUGAAUCACCUUGUCGCCGUGUUCUCCCACCACAGUUUGAGGCAACUGUUUGGUCAGGUCACCUGGAAAUACAAAUAGGACACAGAAAACCAUGAAACACAAUCUACUUAGGAGUCACAAGACAAAAUAUCUGAUGACUGCAUGAUGAUGGUUUGACAGAGAACCUUUUGCAAAAAAAAAAGGCAGGCUGAGGCAUCUCUUAAUGAGUCACUGAAUGUUAAGAGUGUAAGGAGAUAAUCCGAGGAGCUUGUCAUAGUUACAGGGACAUUGUGCAGUUAUCAAUACUACAGAAAUCUUCAAAGAAUUCAUGGAUCCAGACUACAAGCUGCAUCACUGACUAAAUCUAAUCACUUGGUCCUUGUGUCAUUUCUGACCUUCCCUGAAAAUUUCAUCGAAAUCCGUUAAUCCGUUCUUGAGUGAUGCUGCUAACAGAGAGGCAGACAAACCAACGGCAAUCGUCACAUAAUUUGUAAUGAGGUAUACCACCACAUAAUAUUCUAUCCACAUCCUCCGUUCCUAAGUACCACAGGAUGUCCCACGUAAAGACACAAAUGCUGGAUAAAGCCUGCGACUACUGUACGCCUUCUGAUAGCAGAUAAUUUACUUCAGAUCAGACGUACCUUGGAGGUUGGUGACCAUGACCUUUGUGUCAUAGGAACCGGUAAGCAGGUAGUGUGCUCCGGGAGAAAACCUAACAGAUCUAACGUCGCUGGUGUGUGGCCGGUACACUUGGACGAUGCGCCCUCCUCUGAUGUCAUACAGCAUGCAGGCACUGUCUUCCUGUCCUGUUGCUAGGAGACGGCCACUGGGAUCCACUGCUACCGAGGCAACGGGACUCCCUGUGUGGUAAAGGAGAGGGGUGGAGACGUAUGAAUACUAAUAAAAUCAUCCCAUUACAAUCAGCGGUACCUCCGGUAUCACUGCUUGAAAUUUCCAAGGCUUUGCUGUAUUAAGAGCAACAUGGAGGUGAAACUCAGGACACAUGUGGAGCUGUACCUGAGCCAUGGAAAGCAGUUCCCACCACUCGCACACAGCUGGGUACCCUGAGGUCCCAGAAACGCACCGUCUUGUCUUGAGAGCCAGAAGCAAUCAUCCAGCCUCCCCACGUGUACAGAGACAGAAUGUGACCUGGACAGAAAUUACACAUUAAACACAUCUCAGGGGCAAUAUUCCUGUCUGGGUGGAAAGAAGAAGCAGUCAGUGUACCUGUGUGUCCGCUGAGGGCGUGCAGACCCUGUCCUCUCUGGCAGUCUGUGGUGUAGAUGUUACAGUCUCCUGCUCCGGCGCUGAUCAAGAUCGCUCCUCCACUCUCUGGACCCUCCAUGAAGGCCAGGUCUCUGAUGGUGCCGUCAUGCAUGCUGAACUCCAGGUCUGGGCCUAGCGCACGUGAAGACACGUUGCAAAACUGAGAAUGCUGACGACAUCGAACGGGACUAUCAUCACGCGUUCACGCAGAGGACGCUCACCUGUAGCGUUGCACGUCUCUGCACUGAAAGAAGAUCUUCAGCUGACUGUUACCUCGUGUCCAGUGUUUCUGGAUAGGCGCAAACACGUAGAGUUUUGGAGUUGGAUCCCACGGCAUACAGAGAUCCAGACGGGUGAAAGGCAACAGCUCGAACAGCCUGAGUAUCUUCCAAAGAGUGCACUGGAACUUCUCUGUGAGGCUGUGCUGCAUGUCGCUGGGCGGCGGCUCCUGCUGGACCCCACCCUCCAGCAGCAUCUGUUGGUACAUCUGCCUCUGCUGCUGCUUCUGCUCCAGGUGCUGCUGCACGCGAAGACGCUGCCGAGCCAGCUGAUGGUGCGUCCUCGCCCGGAGCUGAGGCAGGACGCAUGUUCUGAGCUCCACCUGAGCUCAUCAUUUUAUCCACGGGCGUGUCUGUCCUUGACCUUCACAAAGAAAACACAGACAAGGCCUUACACAAAACAGAGAUCAAAAUCACAUUUUGAGACAUACAAAAACACGCUUAUGUUCUAAUCUGAGCUCUUACGUUUCAGGGGAUUCCUCAAAGAUGCUGUGGCAGUCGGAGCUCUCCAUCAUGAGACUCCUGCUCAAGCUCUGCCCUGCUGUUCCAGGGUAAUGGAAAUUUGCGAAUGAGUGGGACAUGGGGGAGACUCCUUUACCCGGCGCUACCUCCCCACAGCUUGCCCUCUUAUCCUGGCCAGAAAGCCCGUAGGACAACCCGUCCAACGCUGGGUUCAAUGAGCGUGACAUCAGAGAAACGUGAUGCUUUUUGAAGCAGCUCUAUCUUCAGGAGCAGACCGGAGGCACAGAUGACUUUUAAAGGUCGGUUUCUUGUGCCUGUGAGCUUCAAUACUAAUGAGCCACAAAAAGAACAAGUGUUGGUGGGAUACUACUAAGUCAGCUACAAAGACAGUAUCUGCUGGCUGCACAUGUUUUCUGUCAGACAUGUUGGGAUGUCACCAGCUGAAUGAACUGCAAGACCUCAUCCCACUGGCCAUCGAGGACCAGUUGCCUAAACAAAAACGUCCCACAAAGAGCCAGCAUGCUGAUGUGCAACUUUCUGGAGUUAAGAAAAUCCAGGAUCACCUUGAUGAUCUCCACCUCCUUCACAUUUAUGGUUUCUUCUGCUGUCAUGGUGACAACGGGCAGCCAAUGACAAGAGCAACGAAGCUGAACACAAAAAGCACAACAAAAAACAAUUACAAUAGUUUCUAGUGUCGGUUAUUUCAGGCUACAGGCAAAACAAAACCCUGAGGUCACUGAAGCAGCCUUGUGACUGGAUUCUUACGGAUUCAUGGGCGAGAAUGAGAAAAUGAAAACCGCAAGAGUUAGAUAUUGGUUUUGUUUAACCAACUUUCACCAUAUUGUGAUCAUGUUAUAUGACCGUAGUUACUGUCUGGUCUCAAGUAAUCCAUAAAAGUGGGACACAGUUCA